CGAGUGUGGUUGUGUUCAGGUUGGUUUCCUACGUGAAAAUACGGGUGGUUCAAUUGGUAUCUUCUUAACCAAAGCUUUUUAAAGUUUUUGCUUUUCGAUUUCCCUUUUCGGACAAAGAAAUAGUGUGCUAAUCAAACAUGGCCACAAAGAUCAGAGCCGGACCGGUGGUGGACAUCCUCGGCGACGAGAUGACCCGCAUCAUUUGGGACUCGAUCAAGGAGAAGCUGAUUCUGCCCUUCCUGAACAUCGAGCUGCACACGUUCGAUCUGGGCAUCGAGAACCGUGACAAGACGAACGACCAGGUGACGGUCGACUGUGCCGAAGCCGUUAAGAAGUACAACGUGGGCAUCAAGUGCGCAACCAUCACGCCCGAUGAGGCUCGUGUGAAGGAAUUCAAUCUGAAGCAGAUGUGGCGUUCGCCAAAUGGAACCAUUCGUAACAUUCUCGGAGGAACCGUGUUCCGUGAGGCUAUCAUUUGCAAGAACGUACCUCGGCUGGUGCCCGGUUGGGAGAAACCGAUCGUCAUCGGUCGUCACGCUCACGGUGAUCAGUACAAGGCAACGGAUUUCGUCGUCCCCGGUGCCGGUAAUCUGGAGAUUAAAUUCACUCCGGCCGCAGGAGGUGAACCGAUCAGCUAUGUCGUUCACCAGUACAAGGGUCCGGGUGUUGCCAUGGCUAUGUACAAUCUGGAUGACUCAAUCGUCGAUUUUGCUCAUUCCUCGUUUAAGGUCGCUCUUGACCGUAAAUUCCCUCUGUAUUUGAGCACAAAGAAUACUAUUCUGAAGAAGUAUGACGGUCGUUUUAAGGAUAUUUUCCAGGAUAUUUAUGACAAAGAUUACAAGAAGCAGUUUGAAGCUGCCGGUAUCUGGUACGAGCAUCGUCUAAUCGAUGACAUGGUUGCCUAUUGCAUGAAGGCUGAGGGAGGAUUUGUGUGGGCUUGUAAGAAUUACGAUGGUGAUGUACAGUCUGACACUGUUGCUCAAGGUUUUGGAUCGCUUGGUUUGAUGACCUCGGUGUUGGUCUGUCCGGAUGGUAAAACGGUCGAAGCUGAAGCCGCCCAUGGAACCGUCACCCGUCACUAUCGUUUCUAUCAGCAGGGCAAGGAAACCUCGACCAAUCCGAUUGCAUCGAUCUUCGCCUGGACACGUGGUUUGUUGCAUCGCGCCAAGUUGGACGACAAUGCCGAGCUGAAGAAGUUUGCCGAAACUCUGGAAAAGGUUUGCAUCGACACGAUCGAAUCCGGUUUCAUGACCAAAGAUUUAGCCAUCUGCAUGAAGGGUAUGGCUAACGUAACACGGGCUGACUACUUGGAAACGUUUGAGUUUAUGAACAAACUCGGAGAUAAUCUUAAGGCCGCUUUGGCUUAGGUUAACGUCUACCACUGGUGAAAGGAGGGCAUUUAAUAAUUGUACAAUAGAAUAAGCUGCACUGCGGAAUGCUCAGAGAAAACUGUACAACUAUCUCACAAUUUAGUGCUUGCGUAUUAUGGCCGAAAAUUGUACGUUUUUGUUGAAAAAUAAACAUCUUUUGUC